GUUUCAGUAUUUUUUCUUUUCCCUUUCAGUUUUCUCUUUCUUUCUCUUUCUCUUUCAUCCUCUUCUCAACCCAGAAGAGGUAAUGAAACUUGUUGAGGAAGUUUCACGCAUUCACAGAGAUUAGCAGAGAAUAGAGCUAUGGAUGUUUUGUGCUGUAAAAUGAAACCACCAAGCUAAAGUCUUUUUCUUUCAUUCAGCAUGCUGUUGUAGAAGUGAAGAAGGAAAAAGAAAGAGCUUUUUCCUCACGCAAAAACUGAAACCCCUUUUUCGUAUUAUUUGGUUAAGUAUUUGUGUUUCAGCAAGUUCAUCACUUUGGAAUCGAACAAGUUUUUUCCAGAAUGUUAAAAGUUGCAGUUUUUUAGGACUCACCCUUGUCUUUCACAAAGAGUAUAGUACCCCCAGACACAAUGCAGCCACCCAAGGAAAAUAUCAAGCUUGAACAAUGCGAUAUAUGCGGUGCUCGUGGUUUGAUAGAAAAAGUUGUUACUUGCUCUAAAUGCAGCGUGAUUCGACAUGCUUAUUGCGUUCAAAUUAAUACCACAAUAAUUCCUAAAGACUGGCUCUGUGAGACUUGCCAAUCCAAGCACGAUUCAACUUCACCUUAUAAAGUGAACCAGGAUGUCAGUUCCUGGGCUUGUAAAAGGAAACCAUCUGUCAAAAGAGCCAAAGUGAAGUACCUUGACUUAGAUGAAGUCAUUAGGCUUUCUUCUGGGAGGACCUCUGCUGGAUCAAAAAAUGUUAUUUCCAAGAUUCCCUCCCUGACUCCAAAACCAAAUCCUCCCAUAUUACCUCCUAAAGUACUUGGGAAGCUUCCAAGAAAUGAUGAAGUACACAAGAGGCCAAUGACUAACCAACAUGCUUCUUGCUCAUUGUUUAAAGUAGGAUCAACACAGGAGUGUAUAGAAGAAAAUCAGCAACCCUUUGGUGGAGUGGUAGCAGAUAAAAAUGUACAGGCCCAUGAUCCUCAGAAAGAAAAGGCUACAAAAGAUGCCCCAUUUGGAGAUUUAUCAGCAACAAAAUCUUUGGCUAUUGUUGCUGGUGAACCUAGCGAUGAUGCUCAGAGCAUUCAACAAAACUUAGACCUUUAUCGUAAAUUUUUACCCUCCUCAAUUCAUGCUUGGAGGGGUCAGAUCCAAAUUCUUCAAGCAGCUGCAUCUAGCAUAAUUUAUGAUGGAUUUGAGGCCCAAACACCAUGCAUGGUUAACAAGAAAGCAUAUAAACUUUCAAGAGAAAUGCCAUCAGUUCUGCAACUGGAGUCACUUCCUGCAUUGAAUGUCUUGACUGAUAUAUUCCCAGAUGAUUCUCCUAACCUUCAGGAUAUUGCAUUGUACUUCUUUCCAUCAGAACAUACUGAUAGGUCAUUUCUUCCUAUUUUCUUGAUCUUUUUCAUUUUCCUUUUUCUUUUUGGUGUCAUCCAUGUGGGCAAUUGCGGUUUAAGCUGCUUAUCCUACAUGUUCUCCAUUGAAUGUAGGUUGAGAAAGGACCUGAAUGACAUAUUGAAGUUUAUGAAUGACGAGAAAGCAAUGCUAAGAAGUUUUAUUGAUGGAGUGGAAUUGCUAGUAUUUACCUCAAAUCAACUUGACAUAGACUCAAGGGGUGUUAUUGCUGAAGUAAAGGCUGGACAUUUUUUAUGGGGAGUAUUUCGCCAAUUUAACAUGGAGCCAGUUGAUAUGGAAAUUGAUAUGAUUGGAGGAAAAGAUGUGGAGGGAAAAGUUGAUCGUAUUCUGAAAGUUAAACCCAAGAGGGUUCUAUGAAAAGUGUAAUAACAGACUGCAUAUUCCACUAGGUUUUGAAGCAUUUACCUAAAUUUCUGCAUGAAAAAUUGCUUCGUGCCACAUGUUUAGUAUUACAUUUACCUUAAAAAGUUCAUUAUACAUCAUUACAAUCUGUAAUCAUAGUAAAACAACUAAGUUCCACAACUAUCUUAAGCUAACCAAGUUCAGAAGUA